AUGUUACGCUACUCAAAUGAAACUAUAUUCUCGAGGCCGGAGCAGGAGCAGUCGUUCUCUUUAUGCAUGUCUAAUGUGGAGAACAUUACGGAUGAACCCAAUAGGUUCAGACAGUUAUUAGGAGAGACGAUGAAUGAAAUAGCAUCGGAAGCUGUUAAUAGUAGUCUCCCCGGUAAGAAAUUUGCUACAAAAAUAGCUAGCUUCACGGUAUUUGAAAGCCUGCAUACACUGGCACAGUGCACGCCGGAUCUUUCGAGUGUUGAUUGCGACGACUGCCUUCGAAAUGCGAUCUCGCGAUUAAGUACAUGUUGCGGUAAUAGGAGAGGAGGAAGAGUUCUUUUUGAAAGCUGUAAUAUUAGGUAUGAGACUUACCGCUUCUUUAAUUCUACUGUGGCCCCUCCACCACCGCCUACUCCAAAUAUUCCUCAUAUUCAGUCACCGCCUCCCUGGCCUUCUACAAGUAGUCAAGGCUGCUGCUUCUUGAGAAGGAGAACAAGGAAGAAACCUUAUGAUGCUGUCAGUGAGGAAAAUGACGAAGGAAAUGAGAUUUCAUCAGUUGAAUCCUUGCAAUUUGACUUGAAUACUAUUGCGCUUGCUACCAACAACUUUUCUACAGAAAACAAAAUUGGUGAAGGUGGAUUUGGUAGUGUCUACAAGGCUAUACAGUAUUUGACACUGUUCUGUAUAAUGCUAUGUUUAAACGUGCUUUCAGGCUUUGGCGUCCUUAUUUUGGAAAUCAUAAGCGGCAAAAAGAAUAGCAGAUUCUACCAAUCAGAUGGUGCUGAGGAUCUCAUAAGCUAUGCUUGGAAGCUUUGGAAAGACAAUAGACCAUUGGAAUUGAUGGAUCUAACAUUACAAAACGCAUUCGCUAGGAAUGAAGUAAUUCGAUGCAUUCAGAUUGGCUUACUGUGCGUUCAAGAAGAUGUUGAUGAAAGACCAAACAUGACUUCGAUACUUUUGACGCUCAAUAGUUUUUCAGCCACUCUUGCUGGUCCUCGUCAACCUUCAUCUUUUAUGCGUAGUAGAACACAGAGCUUGCCCAAAGUGCAAGAUUCAGACAAAUCCAUGUCGAGCUCGACAGCCAUCUCUAUAAAUGAAACAUCAAUUUCUGAAUUAUAUCCUAGAUAG